UCCAGAGUAGAGCGGGCUCACGAUAUAUGGAUAUCUCCAUGUUCUUGGGCGCGGGAUAAAACCGGAACCGGGGAUGGUCAAAUGUCAUUCGCACUCGACAUUGACCUUGGCGUAAGUGCAGGAUUAUUUGGAAGCCGCCUGAUUGGCUCCGGCACCCGAGACUCAAAGCAUCACCAUUGAUUGCCACUACUCUUUACUCGGCUUCUUCACUUCAAUCACGCAGUUCAUCUCAAGUCGCCUCCACUCUCCUCCAUCUUGCGUUCAGUCUCGAGCUGCAGAAUCGCUGUCGGAAGCCAAAAAAACACAAUGGCAGCUCUUCGCACCGCGUCGCGCCUGGUUGCGCCUACCCGGUCCGUCUUCCGAUCUUCCUUCGCCGCAAGAUCCUAUGCCACCGUGACCGAGAACUCGUCCUACGAUACCUCUGCAAGCCGACCUCCUAUUUCCGAAAAGAAGACCGGCACCGUCGAGGAGCCCGCGAAGGAUAAAGACAGCAAAAUCAAGACCUUCCACAUCUACCGAUGGAAUCCUGACGAGCCAACCUCGAAGCCCAAGAUGCAGAGCUACACUCUUGACCUCAACAAGACUGGCCCUAUGGUGUUGGAUGCUCUGAUCAGAAUCAAAAACGAAGUCGACCCGACCCUCACAUUCCGCCGAAGCUGUCGAGAGGGUAUCUGCGGCAGCUGUGCCAUGAACAUCGAUGGCAUCAACACUUUAGCUUGCCUUUGCAGGAUCCCAACCGAUACAGCCAAAGAGUCGCGUAUCUACCCUCUGCCGCACACCUAUGUUGUCAAGGAUUUGGUGCCGGACUUGACCCAAUUCUACAAGCAAUAUAAGUCAAUCAAGCCAUAUCUGCAACGAGACACCAAAUCACCAGACGGCAAGGAGUACCGACAGUCUCGAGAAGACAGAAAGAAAUUGGACGGCCUUUACGAAUGUAUUCUGUGCGCCUGCUGCUCGACAUCGUGCCCAUCGUACUGGUGGAACAGUGACCAGUAUCUUGGCCCGGCCAUCCUUCUGCAAUCCUACCGAUGGCUGGCAGACUCGCGUGACGAGCGGACGGCACAGCGCAAGGAAGCUUUGGACAACAGCAUGAGCUUGUACAGAUGCCACACUAUUCUGAACUGCUCACGGACGUGCCCCAAGGGUCUGAACCCGGCAAAGGCGAUUGCAGAGAUCAAGAAAAUGAUGGCAACCUCAUGAUUAGGCGACGGGCUCUGCCGAGGAGAUGGUGGAUGAGCAUACGCCUGUAACCAGCUCACAAAUGGAUUUUUGCACUGUCUGGGGGCCUUGCGGCAACGACGUGUAUAUCAAUACAAUGCUUGAUGCGAUUGCUUUGAGCAAGAGUUUCAAUGAACCUUUUUUCACUUUAUACGUUAUCCAUAGUCAUGUGCUGAACGAGGACAACAGUCGCUUGUUUGAUAUGGUCCAAAUCCCACGUCUCUUUUCGGGAAAUGCACUUAUCUUUAUCGGCCCCAAUGUUUCCGUCCGACUCCCGGCUGGAAAUUCUUCGAAUGACGGUCAAAAGAUAAUUUCGAAUGAUCCAUUUUACCACUAUGUCUUUGG